AGAGGAGGGGAAGGGGGGGGGGGGCAUUACAAGGGAAAGCGACGAGGAACUACCGUCAGCGCACAGGGAGCACCCAGGCGACGCUGAAGGCAGCCGAGCGUCCUGGAAGGGAACGGACCCAAAAAGAAGGGGGAAGUCAGCAGGACGAGAGAGACACAUGGAUGAUGAUGAUGAGGAUGAAGAUGAGGAUGGUGAUGGGGAUCCCGAUGCUCCUCCUGCUCCCGCGGCUCCUCUCCUCCUCACCUCCGCCUCCUCCACCUCCGCCUCGCAUCGCUGGCCUCAGCCGCCGCCGACCAGCACAGUGCGACACAUAGACACAGCGACCGACCGCCCUCCUCCUCCUCCCCUGCCGCGGCCCCACACUGCGCCUGCCCCGCCCGCCCACCGCCCGUCCCCCGGCGCAGACACCCAUCCGCCGCCUCGCCGACCUCACGGGCUGGGCUGGGGCCGCGCCGGGCUGCGGGGAAACCGCGGAGCGGGGCCCGGACGGGACGCGGCGCCACGGGGAGCUCCGCGCACCCCACCCCGCACCGCGCCCCGGCCGCUGCUCCAGCGCUCCCGCACCCUCUCCCCGCCCUUGUUAUUUCUUUUUAUUUAUUUCCCCGUAGAAAAGGAAAAGCCCCUCCUGAAUGCGAGCGGCCGCUCCCCGCACACGGGCUGCGCUCCGCAGGACGCGGCUCCGGGGGCAGCGCUCGGUGCCCGCCCCGGCGGCGCUCGCUCCCCCCGGGCCCCGCUGGAGCCCGGCGGCGGGAGCGCUCCCCCUUCCCCCCGCCGCGCGUCUGCGGCUCGGGGCGGUGGAGGCGGGGGGAGCCGCGGGCGCCCCGGGGGAUGGGAAGGAGGGAGGGAGCAGAGUUCAGCGCUGUGUGCGAGGGAGACAAAGUCUGGGGAGCGUGGCCGCUUUCCAGCAGCUCCGGCUGGAACAGCUGCGGGCGCUCGGGGCGGGGGGGGACUCCCCGAGCAGGGGCCCGCCUGGCUGGCUGCCUGCCGGCCCGGCUGCGGGGCGGGGUUAAGCCUCAUUACACGGGAUUUAACGUGUCCCGGAGGCCAGCGGGGACUCGGGCUCCCGAGGGGAGGCGGCGAGCGCCGCGGCCUCGCAGCCGGAGAAAAGUCCGGCCACGGGGCGAGGAAGCGGCCGCGCCCCCGGACUUUCCUCCCGGGCGCUGCCCCGACGCGCUCCGCUGCCCGCGGCGGGAGCGGGCACCGCCCCAAGGGCACCCCUGAGCCGCCCCCGCGGGGCCCCGGCCCGGCCGUCUCUCCCUCCCUGUCUCCUCCCCUCGCUCCCGGGGCCGGAGCGGGCACCGCCCCAAGGGCACCCCUGAUCCACCCCCGCGGGGCCCCGGCCCGGCCGCUCUCCCUCCCUGUCUCCUCCCCUCCCUCCCGGGGCCGGAGCUGCGGGUGCGCAGGGAGCGCGCUCGGGGCGCGGGUGCUGAAUCACGGAACGGCGCGCACGGACAGAGGAGCAGCGCGGUGA